ACUGGGCUGACAAGCACAACACAUUGAGCUCUCUGCUUGACUUUCUGCCUGUCUGCAUUCAAAACUUUGUUCGUCUUAAAGGCGACCGUUGACAAACUUUGACAAGUGACAGCCAUGGAUUACCAAAAUGAAGCGGCAAAGACGGUGGAGAAAAUGACAAGCUACCGCGCUGAGAACUCGGAUGAAUGGAAAACGGCGAAGAAGCAUAAAGAUGUCACUGUUUUUGUUCGACCAUCCAAGGAGUUUGGAGGAUCGCAGUAUAAAGUGGAGGGUAUCGUAAAUGCUCCCCCGGAGACGGUGUUUGAAUAUGUGGAUCCUAAACCAGGUGACUCGAAGAGGAUGAAGUGGGACAAAAAUGUAAAGAACAUUGAGGCUAUUGAAGAAUUGGGUGAUGACAUGAGGAUAAUCCGCGUGGUGACGAGCAGUGCUCUAAUGGGUGUGAUUUCCUCCAGAGAUUUCAUCGAUGUCGUUAAGACCGUGAAAAAUGAUGACUUUAUCUCCACAAAUGCCGUCAGCAUUGAGCACCCAAAAGGCGCUGUUGACAGCAAAUACGUCCGAGGCUGGAAUUACCCUUCCUGUUUGACAUGCAUGAGGAUACCUGGAGAGCCAAACAAGACAAGGAUGGUGAACUUUCUCCAGCCAGAUUUAAGUGGAAUGUUACCUCGCAGUAUUGUCGAAUCAGCCAUGCCAGGCUCACAAGUUGAGUUUUUCGAGAAUCUGCGGAAUUGUUUGAAGGAAGAUGGGAAGCUGACAGCUCCACACGAUUAAUCUGCUGCUCCAAAGAAUCAGUCUCUUUGUGUACAAAAUGAAAAAUUUGAGAUUGUCUUGAAAAAAUGGAUGAUUAUGGAACAUUAUUGUUGAUAUUGUCGGCUAAUUUGUUGUCCAGAAACUUGUCAUUCAUGUAUGGAAGUAAACAGACUUGUCUUGGCAUGACAUUCACAUUGUCAAGGUCAUCUUUGAAUCGGUUCUUGGUUUUAGGUGAUUCUUGUAAGAAAAGCGUCUGCUGAACAUCUCGUUUUUAUCCCACUGUUUCCAAACAUUUCAUUAAUAACUUGUAAAGUUUUAAUUUAUGGGACCACUUGAAUAUCUAGACAAAAGUGGUGAACAAAUAUUGUCUUAGAACGUGAAAUUUUUUGGACAAAUAUGUCUUGUCUGAGAAAAAGGUACAUUAGCAAAGUCCUUGGUUUCAGAGGUGUGUUUUUGUUCAUUUAAGUACAUGGCCACGUGAAUGGAAUGAUUUUGAUUAACCCACGGAUUUGAUUAGAGCCAAUUGAUGGCACCAAUAAAUAUUAAGCCUACCUACAGUUGUCUCAUUAUUCCACAGAUAAAUAUCUAUCAUUAUCGGGUAUUAGCUUCAGUUGCUCCUGAUGCUGGCGCCACAAAUUUGGUUCUUAAUUCGAACAGAUGUCUAAAAUACAGAUUUUGAAGGACCAAGGGAGACUACUGAUGCUAUACUGUAACAUGUUUAAUCAGGCAUUAAUUAGUUUACUUGUGCACCGCGGCUUAAGAUUUGAUGUGAGCUGGGAUUAAGAUGUAGAAAUCUAUCUAAAUCUCAGAUGUAAGUUUACUAAAACUUUGUCAUUCAAUCUUUCCAAAAAGCCUUAAUAAAGAUGAGUAACCAAAUUUACAUAAGCACAUAAUUUCAAGCAAAAAGUGUAAAAAACUUGGGUACAUAUAUUUUAUCUAUUUGUAUCUGUAGAUAUGGAAAAAGGACACAUUCACACACACAAAAAAAAAAGUUUCAGAAAUGUACAAUUUGUGCCAAAAUCUUCCUUAAGUUAGUCCCUUACAUUCUGAUAGGGACUACUUUCUUAGCUUCCGUUAAAUCUGACAUAAGAUUCCAAAUUUGGUGUACACUUCAUGUGAAUUAUAAUAUGGAGAGGUUUGGAUAUAUCCAUGCAGAUGAGGCAUAUUUUGUAUUUAUGGAGCUGAAGGGAAGAAAAACUCAUAAGUAGUGCUAUGACUUUUAUUUUGUGCCAAGUUUUAAGUCAUUGGUUGUUUUGGGCUUUUUUUGUUUUGUUCAAGACUUUUGUGUAUAAAAGAUAUAUUUGUGAAGUAAGUUUGACUUUUACUGGUAUUUUCUUUCUUUUAGCAUUCUUUGUUUUUCAAGUAUCCACAUGUUUUAUAUUUAUAUACUCUUUGUAAAAGUUCGUGUGUAAUUUAUAUAUUGUACUCCUGUCAAACAGUGUUUAUGAAUUCAAACCAGGAUUUAGUAUGUGGUAAUAUUUGAUAUAUUAUGUGGAAGCUAUCUAUUGCACCAAUGGUCAGUUCUGUUCUUUAGUGUUGGCUAGUGGAAUACUUUUGAAAUGUCUUGGAUGAUAAUUUUAUCUUGAGUGACAAAUAACAUCAUGUUACUUACUAACCAUGGUGAUUAUAUUUGUCUGUCCUCCAUCACAAGAAUUUCCCUUCGUGAGUGUGAUUAGAGAAUACUAGAUUUGGUAACUCAAGAGGGAAUGGCACAAAAUUAGGUUUCAAAUUUCGUACAUUGUGAAGAACCACUAUUUCUCAGACGUUGUG